GUUACCAGAGUGGACAAUACCAUAAUCAUAAAAAAUGUUUUUAAAAUAUGUACAUAAAUUGAAUUAUAUACAAAAUGUCGUUUUUACGAGGUUCUACAAAUUAUGUUUGGUGUACAACAAGUGUAUUAGGUAAAGGUGCUACCGGUGCUGUUUUCCAAGGUGUUAACAAAAACAAUGGGGAAGUCGUUGCAGUGAAAACAUUCAAUCAGUUGAGUCACAUGAGACCUCAAGAUGUUCAAAUGCGUGAAUUCGAGGUACUUAAAAAAGUUAAACAUGAAAAUAUUGUGAAACUUCUUGCAAUUGAAGAAGAACAAGAAGGUCGAGGUAAAGUUAUUGUAAUGGAGUUAUGUACUGGGGGCAGUCUGUUUAACAUUCUUGAUGAUCCAGAAAAUACUUAUGGUUUGCAAGAAAAUGAAUUUCUCCUUGUUGUUGAACACUUGAGUGCUGGUAUGAAGCACUUACGAGACAACAAUCUUGUACAUAGAGAUUUAAAACCUGGUAAUAUUAUGAAAUUUAUUGCUGAAGAUGGAAGAACCAUAUAUAAGUUGACAGACUUUGGUGCUGCUAGAGAGUUACAUGAAGACCAACAGUUUAUGUCUUUAUAUGGUACCGAAGAAUAUCUCCACCCAGAUAUGUAUGAAAGAGCUGUUUUACGAAAACCUGUUGGAAAAACUUUUGGGGCUACAGUUGAUUUAUGGUCAAUAGGAGUAACCCUAUAUCAUGUGGCUACUGGCAACCUACCAUUUCGUCCAUAUGGUGGUCGCAAAAAUAAAGAAACAAUGCAUUUUAUCACUACGGAGAAGGCUUCUGGAGUCAUCAGUGGAACUCAAACUUCAGAUAAUGGUCCUAUUGAUUGGGGCCGAGAACUACCAGUACAUUGUGAAUUAUCUGAUGGGUUGAAAAAAAUUGUUACGCCUUUAUUAGCUGGAUUGCUUGAAGUAGAUACCAACAGAAUCUGGAGUUUUGAAAAGUUUUUCAAUGAAGUAACAUUAUUUUUAGCUAGAAAAAUAGUACAUAUAUUUUAUGUGAAUAAAGCAAAGAGUUUAAGGGUGUACAUGCAUUUAGAAGAUACCUUAAGUGAUUUGCAAUAUCACAUUCAAGAGCAAACUGGCAUGGUACCUGCCAGUCAAUUACUUUUAUUUGGAAAUAAACCAUUGUCUGCAAUUUUAGAAGAUAGUACACCUGGUAGAGGAUAUCCAGAAACAACAUCAUUGAAACCUAUUAUGCUAUUUUCUCGUGAUAACAACAAUGUUUUACUCUCACCUUACCUGGAAAUUCCAAAGUUUCCUGUUUUUCCAAAUUUAGUUUCUGUUGAGAAUGAUGCAACAAUGUCUAAAGCAGCAUGUAGUGUAGGUCAUGUAUAUAAACGGCGAAUUGAAAAUCUGACAUUAUCCAACCACCUUAUGAAUAUUUGUGUGACAAAUUUCACUGAGUUAGUUGAAGAGCAACUAAUUAAGUUACAUUGCACUUGUGAAAAUUUGUUGGAUUACACGAACUCUGUGGAAAAUAAUGCAGAAACAUAUACUAAAAGUUCUAAAUUUGUGAAAGAUAUACUUAAAUAUUUAAAUGCUAACACAGUCAAAGAUGUCACAGAUCUCAAAGUGCCUUCUGAUGAAUUACGUAAAAAUUUAAUGCCAGCUGUACAACAAUUGCACCAUCGAUAUGUUGUUGAACAUACAUUAAGCUGUGAAUGGAAAAGUGCUACUCGUUCUAUUAACUCUCCAAAAGAAUCAAGAGCUGAUCAUAAGGCAAAACUUUUAAUUGAAAGACUUCGUGAAUCUUGGAAUCAUUUAUUGCGAGACAGAGCUACUAGAACACUUACAUAUAAUGACGAGCAAUUUCAUGUUCUUGAAAGAAUUAAAGUAAUGGAAACAGGUCGAAGGAUAAAAAAUUUACUGGACAAUGAUAUCUUGCCUGCUGUUAACCAAACAACUGAAUGUUUAGCAGAUUGGUAUAAAAUGGCUCAUACUGUGUUUUUACAAACUAGAAUUUUAGAAAAAGACAUUGCUGAAUAUGAGCAGCAUUUGACAAAGUUUACAUCAAAGUUAAACUUAGAGAGUAGUAAUUUGGACAAUCAUAUGCAGCAUACACUUAAGAAGCUAAAGAAUAUUAUUGAAAAGUCAAAAUCUCCUGACAAAAUAGUGAAGACACCACUUACUUCAAACGUGGAAAUUCAAAAAAAUUUGAAAACAUUAAUGACAAUUAAAAGUGAAAUAUCAUCUAGUUUGAAUGAUAACUGGGAAAUCAUGAAAGAAUUAAUGCAUUUAGUAAACGAGGUUAAUAAGCCUGAAAACUGUGAUAUAAAUGAAAUACUAGAUAACCAUUAAGUUUUAUAAAUUAUUUUAUAUAUUAUAAGUACU